AUGAACUACGAUGCCUGGAAAGAACUUUUUCAAACGAACAGUAGCAGUUUUAGGGUCAAGGGUCAUAUUAGAAGAGAAUCCAAACCUAAAUAUAACAAGGAUGAAGCGUGGGUUAAUCUUGAUGACCUAGUCAAGAUGUGGAUAUACGACAUAGUCACUCAAAGCUUGCUCAACAUGAUUCUCAAAGAGGAUGUAACCGCUCACACUGUUUGGACAGGUCUAGAAACUUUAUUCCGUGAUAAUCAACAAAGUCGUGCCAUUGAAUUAGAUCAGCGACUCCAGACUCUUACUCUUGGCGAUCUCACAAUCUCUCAAUAUUGUGAAUGCAUGAGGGUAAUUUUAGAUCUUCUCACCAAUAUCAUAUCACCUGUCGCUGCGCCAACCCUAUUCACAUACCUUAUAAAUGGCUUAUCACCAAAAUAUGACAACAUCAUCACGGUCCUACGCCACUAA